UUCCUGGAGCAGCUAGGAAUGGCACUUGUAACUCCACUUAUUGAAAGAAGGAAGCAUGCCCCCCGCCCCCCAGAAGCCUCAGCAGCAGUUGUAAAAACUAUUCAGAGAACAGCAGCUCCUGAUCAAAGUGAGGAUUCAGCUACCACCGUCACUUCCCCAGCUAGGGGAAGUAAAAGGAAGAUAUGUCAGACGUCAAAAGAAGAAAUCCUUCCACAAAAGUAUAAGACAAUCAAAGUCCUGGGAAAAGGCAGCUAUGGAGUUGUCCUCAAGUGUUUGGACCGGGAAUCCAAACAAAACAUUGCCAUAAAGAUUGCCAGGCCAGGGAGGAACAUCCGUCGUGAGGCCUCCAUACUACAGUUGUUGAUGGACAUUAGACUGGAUCGAGACAACAUUGUUAAGUACUACGGAGGCGCCUCCGGUGACGAGUAUCUGGUCUUCGAAAUGUUGGAUAUCAGCCUGUCCCAAUAUUUUCAGGCAAAUGGCCGUAUGCAUCUGAAGGACAUCAGACCCAUCAUUCAGCAACUCGCAACGGCGUUUGAUGCGCUGAAAGCUGUGGGAGUGAUCCAUGGUGAUGUUAAACCGGACAACAUCAUGCUGGUGGAUCAGGUCAAUCAGCCGUUCACAGUGAAGCUGAUUGACUUCAGUGUGGCUCUUAGUCGACAUGAAGCCAAGAAGGUUGUAAUGAGGCAGGUUGCUUAUUUCAGAGCCCCCGAAAUCAUCCUUGGACUCCCUUAUGCAGAGCCCAUAGACAUCUGGUCAUUGGGUGUUGUAAUAGUAAAGAUGGUGCUUGGUAUUUUCCCCUUCAUUGGAAGCACAGACUAUGACUUACUAGAAUGCAUGAUUGGUGUCCUUGGGUUGCCGCCAGACGAUGUUCUAAAAGCUGGAAGGGAAACGAGGCAAUUUUUCAACAAGAGCGAUUUGGGUCAGUGGAAUUUCAAGACACGUGAAGAAUAUUCAGUUGAGUCAGACGACACAGUGAAUUUCAAGAUCUACUCUCUGGAAGAAAUGAUCAAGAUGUUUCCAGAGAGAGACAAUGAGGUUGACAGUUUUUUUGAGCUGUUAAAAGCAAUGUUCACGUGGGAUCAGGCAAAGAGAAUUACACCUGGCAAAAUCCUCAAGCAUCCAUUCAUCACUCGAAGCUACAUCUUCAACAGCUCCCACCUCAGCUUUUCUCGGGGACUUCAUCGGGCCCUGCAUGCGGUCGCCAACCAGACCCCCAUGAAAUGCAACAAACUGGGCUGCAGAUGUGUCGCUGGAUCUCCACCUUACCGGCAUAUAAGGAACAAACACCCUCCAAAGACUAGGGGUAUGCACUGUAUCAAACGUUUAUUCUCCUGGAUGAAGAAAAGCAUUUUAUUGUUACUGCUUGAAGGUGCGUGUUCAGCCAACAUCCAGUAGGUCGCAAAGCCCGGACAUUCUUCCUUCUGUUGUUGAUUGUGGACUCAAAACAUGCCAACCAUUACAAAAAUAUGUGUGAGAUGUUGAUGAAAACAUACAAUCAGAUUUUUUUUUUUUUUACCCCAACUCCUGUCGUAAAUGUAUUUAGUGCCUUUUACGAUCCCUACCCAAUCCAAAAUGGAAAAUUAUUCUGUCCCUUCUGACAUUACAGACCACUUGAGUAGAUUAUCUGUGGUCCAGAUUGUUUGCUCAAAUGAUGCAACGUUGGUGUCACGGUUUUUUCUCCAUUUCUCCACUGAAUUCGCUGAAACAACCUCGGGGAAAAUCAAUAUAUCAAUUUGUAAAUAUAUUGCAUUGGGAUGGGAGAAUCUCUCUGAAUGUUCUGAAUAAAUGUUUCCAUGCCAGUGUCGUAUAAAGCAAAAGAAGAGACGUGCAGAACCGUAGCCGAGGUCUGCAUGGAUGCAGCUCAUCUUCCCAUAGCUGAGGUCAUGUUCUUUAGACCACAAACUAGAUGAGACUGGUGCUGGCUGCAGCCAAGUAAGCCACUCCAUUUUGUUUCAAUUGCAUAAAAAAAAAACCAUCAAUUGCACAUAACUGACCAAAUUCCGAAUCAUCAUUCAUUCAUUCAUUCAUCUUCCUAACCGCUUGAUCCUCACUAGGGUCGCGGGGGGUGCUGGAGCCUAUCCCAGCUGUCUCCGGGCAGUAGGCGGGGGACACCCUGAAUCGGUUGCCAGCCAAUUGCAGGGCACAGAGACGAACAACCAUUCACACUCACACUCACACCUAGGGACAAUUUAGAGUGUUCAAUCAGCCUGCCACGCAUGUUUUUGGAAUGUGGGAGGAAACCGGAGCACCCGGAGAAAACCCACGCAGGCCCGGGGAGAACAUGCAAACUCCACACAGGGAGGCCGGAGCUGGAAUCGAACCCGGUACCUCUGCACUGUGAAGCCGACGUGCUAACCACUGGACUACCGGGCCGCCCUCCGAAUCAUCAUUUCAAUGACUAAUCAGUGAUUAUGCCCAUUAUGUGCAUGUUGUAUUUUGAAAAUUGCUACUACUGCCAGAAUGUACUGUUGACCUCAUCUUGGACCAAGUCUUUCGAAGAAAGAAGCAUCUUCAAAUGUAGUGGACUUGACUUUACAGGAUGAGACUAUUGGAACAAUCAUCUUUAUUUUUUCAUAAAGAUGACAGGCCUUUUUUCUUUUAAAUGGUAGGAAUAAAUUUUUAUUUUUCAUA